AUGCCCUCCAGAACAUCUCCCACGGGCAUUCGGCCCCUCGAGGCUACCCUGCUGUUCAAGCCGCUCCAGCUGGGGGCUUUGGGCCUCAAGCACCGUGUCAUGAUGGCGCCCUUGACUCGAAUGCGAGCAGCGAAGGAGUCGGAUGGUGUUUAUGUGCCGGCCGACCUUAACGUUGAAUACUACUCUCAGAGAGCAAGCAAGGGAGGAUUUCAAUUGAGCGAAGCAUGCCCCAUUUCCCGUCUGGCCGCUGGCUACCCGGGAGUGCCUGGAAUCUUCACGCAGUCUCAAAUCGCCGGGUGGAAGCGAGUCACCGACGCGAUUCACGCAAAGGGUGGCUUCAUUUUCUGCCAGCUAUGGCAUGUCGGUCGCGCCACGGUGCCCUCGCUCCUCGAUGGACAUGACUGUGUCAGUGCCAGCAGCAUUCCGCUUGCCGGCAAAGCCCUCGACGGCACCGACUACGCAUCAUGCCCUCCCAAAUCUAUGACGGUCGAGGAGAUUCAAGAGAUGGUUCAAGAAUACGCCGCGGCCGCAAAAAGGGCGUUGGAAGCUGGAUUCGAUGGCGUGGAGAUCCAUGGGGCAAAUGGAUACCUCCUUGAUCAGUUCUUACACGACAAUGUCAACGUGAGGACCGACUCUUACGGUGGUUCCGUCGAAAACCGAUGCAGGUUCCCGCUCGAAGUUAUAAAGGCUGUGACAUUGGCCAUCGGAGCAGACAGAGUCGGCAUUCGAUUGUCGCCGUACAACUACUACCAGGAUACUCGAGACUCGAACCCCAACGAACACUGGGCAUACCUCUGCCAGCAGAUUGCCGACCUUCCAGAAGUCAACCGUCUCACAUACGUCCACAUGGUUGAACCCCGGUUUGACGAAAUUCUGGACGAGAGCGCGAAGCUGACCGCUCUCGUGGAUACCACGUCUAAAGCGACAGCAAAAGAUGCGAAACCUUCGCUCGUUCCCUUCCAGAAGAUCCUCCAAAAGGGCGGAGUCAAAUUUAUCACGGCUGGCAACUUCAACGCCACCAAUGCCCUCCCUAAGCUUGAAGCACAGGAAGCAGACGCCAUCAUGUUCGGUCGAUGGUUCAUUGCCAACCCGGACUUGCCUCGCAGGUUGGCGGAAGGAUUGCCUCUGAACCCGUAUGACCGCAGCACUUUCUACGGUGCCGACCCUCCGUACAAGGGCUACACCGACUAUCCAUUCUUCGAGGAUGGAGUGGCGGCGUCAUGA